GUUUCAUCUAGAAUACCUUCCAGGGUCAAGCUGGCGGCCGACGAGAUCAAGCGCACCCAGAAGGACGAGGAGGGGCGGAGACGCAGAGGUCGGGACGGUGCCAAGGAGCCCAUAGUGAGAGUGGAGCUGGAGUGGGACAUCCCGAUGGCCGUGACUCUGCCCAUCGAAAUGCAGCCUGACCCGGCGCGCCAACCGUUCCCCUUUCUGGAAACAACCCUGGCAGAUCUGGGAAUACAAGAGUCAGAGGUGAAGGAGCGGGUGGUGUGGGUGGACACUACGAAGACCCAAGUGAAGAAUAAAACUGGGAAACUAAAAGAGAAAGAAACGACUAUUUUGGAGGUUCGUGUGAAAGCUCAAAAACCCGGAGACAAGACGCUGCAGGAAGUGUUAUACAGCACCGAGGCCCACACUGACCGCUCAUUCUGCCGGACGGGGAUGGACAUUGUGCCUUGGAAACAACAUUACACAGGAGAAAAUGAACUGGAGCCAGUGCAGAUGACUAUGGCGCUGAAUAUGGAAAACCGACAGUCCAAUGGUACCAAAGCACAACGGGACAUCUGAGGAGGAGCGAGUCGC